AUGCGAAAGCUAAAGACAGCAGCAAGUGGAAAAGUUACGGGUUGUGCGUGUAAACAUAAUGGUGUGCAGUGUGGAGAUAAAUGUUCUUGUGGUUCUAGGAGUAAACCGUGUAAAAAUCGGGUAUGUACUCUAUCACUAGCUAAUAUAACUACAAUAUACAAUGAAUUUCAAUUAUUGACUUGUGCGAUGUCGGUUCUGUAUUGUCUAUUGAUUAUUUAUAAUUUAUUGCUUUAGCCACAACCACAGGGUCAAGCGGGGGCAUCCACGGAAGUACCACAACAUGGGCGAAGUGAAGGAAUUAAACAGAAUGAAGUAUCAGUUGAGGUAAUUUUCCUUUUCAUAAUGUAGAUUUCGCAUGAGUAAACAAGCUAAAAUUUUAACGUAUAUGUACACUUGUGUUAUGAUUACAUUCUACAAUACGACUAUUAAAUCUUUGGAUUGUUCUUUAGUUAGGGACUUGUCAAAAAUUACCAGGGGGGAGGGAGGGUGCAGAAAGGGGGAGGGUCUUAUUUUUUCAGCCCUUCAAAAGGGUGGGUCAUUAAAAACUGAACCAUUAAAAAGGGAGGGUCAUAAAAUUUUAAGCCAUAAUUUUCAUAAGGGAGGGUCAUAAAAUUUAAGCCCUCAUGAUUCCAGACCAGUUCACAUUGAUUAUUGUAUAAAUAGUACAAUAUCUAAAACAGUGUUUUAUAAACAUGAGUUUAUUCAUUAAAGAUAUUACUGUCGAUACAAUGGAAGUGUUGAUAAAAUAUUGCACCAAUUCCUUUCCUCAAGUUGAUCAAUUCAUUUGAUAGAAUAUUGAUCAACCUCCUGUUACUUUUAGAUGAGCCAAUUAGAUUUCGUUUCAGAACCGAUUGACCAAUAAGAAACGCACAGGAAGUAAAAAGAAAUUUGAAUUCGUAUGAAUUGAUCAACUUGAGGAAAUGAAUUCAUGCAAUAUUUUAUCAACACUUCCAUUGCAUCGACAGUAAAACAAAAUAUAUGUAUGGUAUGUAUGAUAUGUAUGGAUUUUGCGCAGCUGGAAAGGGGAGGGGUCAUGCGGAGAGCCACGAUAUUUCAUGCUCAUCCUUGCUGGGAGGUCACUGUUUUUCAAUUUAAUUUUUCAAGUUUGCACCCCCCCCACCCUCCCCCUGGUAAUUUCUAAGUCCCUUAUGCGAUAACUUAAACGUUUGUACACCAAGUUAUUUAAAUAUUUUCCCAUUUUACUUCAAGAUUCAAUUAUUUAUGCUUUAACCCAGCAUUAAACAAAAUAUAGCUUUUGAAACAAAGAAAGUUACAUUUUAUGAAUUAUGUAUCUCAUGCCAGAGUUUUUGAAUUUUUGCUCUUGGUAGGAAAUAAUUGAUGGUUUAGACCACCAGACUCUCAUAAAAGUUGCAAAGGAGAGUUUUACAUCCAGACCACUAGUGUUGAGAGACUUGGUAGAGAGACUAAGAGUAAAUCCUGAUGUUCCACAUGACCCAGAUGUUCCACAUGACCCUGGCCAUCCACGUCCACCAUAUAAUGCACCGGUCCCAUUUUGUGUAUGCGGGUAUUGUCGGGAGAUGCCCACGGACAAAGAGAGGGUGUUGUGCUGUAGAGAAAAACGCCUGUGUCGAAGUAGGUCUCUGGCAUUUCAGAAUAUUUGCUUGGAUUCUGACAAUCUGGCUACAGCUAUUAGGAGUCUAGCAGAUACAUAUGUAUUCACACCAAUAUACGACAACCGAGGAAUGAGACAUUCUGCGUAUCGACAAUGUGUCAAUAGUGUCAUGUGGAUACAUGCAUGGACAUCUAGGGAAGGGUAA